CGUAGCACCGCCCCCGAAGAGAAGACAAAAAAGAAAAAUUACACCACAGAACUGCCCGGGAACAUACUUUGCACCCUCUAGACCUCUUCAUUGAGUCUUCUGGAGCAUCUCGCCAUGUCUUCGACCGCGACUGUCACUACCACGAAGGACAAGAAGGCCUCGGGCCCGCCGGCUCAGCAGGACUUCUUCUGGACGUACACGGAGGAGCCCCACCGGACGAGGAGGCAGGCGAUCAUAAAGGCACAUCCGGAGGUCCUCAAACUAUGCGGGCCCGAGCCCCUGACGAAGUAUCUCGUCGCCGCCGUCGUCGCCCUCCAGGUCGUCGUCGCGUACAACCUUCGCAACACGUCCCCCAUCUCCUGGCCCUUCUUCCUGACGGCCUACGUCGUCGGCGCGACGGCGAACCAGAACCUGUUCUUGGCCAUCCAUGAGAUCUCGCACAACCUCGCGUUCAGAUCCGGCGUGGCGAACAGGCUCUUCGCCGUGUUUGCAAAUCUGCCCAUCGGCAUCCCGUACAGCGCCAGUUUCAGGCCGUACCACCUAACGCACCACAAGUCCCUAGGCGUUGAUGGCGUGGACGUGGACCUGCCGACUCGGCUCGAAGCUAUAUUUCUCGACUCUGUCGCGGGCAAGGCAUUCUUCUGCACGUUCCAGAUCCUAUUCUACGCUCUGCGGCCCAUGAUGAUCUACCAGAUUCCGCUUACGAAAAUCCACGCCUUCAACAUCGUCGCCCAGCUCGCGUUCGACUACGCGCUCGUGCAGAUCGCCGGGCCAAACGCGCUGUGGUACCUCAUCAUGUCCUCCUUCCUCGCCGGGUCCCUGCAUCCGUGUGCCGCGCACUUCAUCGCCGAGCACUACGUCUUCCAGCGUCAGAACGUCGCCAAAUCCUCUGCCAAGCAGCCCUUGGACGUCGCAGUGCCGGAGACCUUCUCCUACUACGGGCCCCUGAACAUCCUCAUGUACAACGUGGGCCUGCACAACGAGCACCACGACUUUCCUGCCAUUCCGUGGACUAGGCUGCCUGUUCUGUAUGAGAUUGCAAAGGAGUUCUACGAGGACCUGCCCCAUCAUAAGAGCUGGACCUACGUGAUCUGGCAGUUCAUUUGGGAUCGAGAAGUGGGUCUUUGGUGUCGAGUGAAGCGGGCUGAGGGCGGCCGCAAGGUGGGUGGAGAUGCUUGUUCCGGCGCGUGGAAGGAGGAGGAGCUGGGCUCAAACGAGCAAAAGAGCAUCCCAGGUGUGCGGUGACGCACCGUUUUGGGGCGACAACGGGGACGUGAUAAGAAUUUGUUCGUAGUCUUUUGUAGCAGCAGCACGAAUAUACCCUAGAUCAGCACGCGACGUUCGUCUAGGAUUAUAACGAACGGAAACAUGGCCGUUAGUAGCACAUCGAAGGGCACAUGACAACGAGUCAUGUCACAUUUGACAGCAUCCAAGCUCGGCAUGCUGUAGAAUGCAUUACCAGUUUCUGCAA